GAUCUUGAUUAUAAUAUUUGUCUUCAUUCUUCACUUACCAAAACUUCAGAGUUGACUGUAAAAACUCCCAGUUGAUUGAAUCUUGUUUUUGAUUCUAUCUGCUUCUUCGAUUAGGGUUUAAUGAGAAACAUUUUGAUCCAAAUAUCAAAAAUGAAACCUUUAGGAUGGUGGUUGAUGUUCGUUGGUUUAAUGCGUCUUGCUUCAGUUUGGUUUGGAUUCUUCAACAUUUGGGCACUCAGAGUUGCUGUUUACUCCCAAACCGACAUGACUGAGAUUCAUGGAAGGACAUUUGGAGUUUGGACACUUUUGACUUGCACUCUCUGCUUUCUCUGUGCAUUUAACCUUGAUAACAAGCCGUUAUAUCUAGUAACCUUUCUGUCAUUCAUCUAUGCCUUGGGUCAUUUUCUGUCUGAAUAUCUUCUAUACGGUACAAUGGCCAUCAAGAAUCUGUCAACAGUUGGGUUCUUUGCAGGCACAUCAAUCGUGUGGAUGUUAUUGCAGUGGAAUUCACACCAGCCAAAGGCCGUCUCAAAAACCGUUUAAAAACUACGCUCGCGCAACACUAGUUUCAUUCUUUUGUCGAGGGUAAAGAUCUGAUUGUGAUCUUCUAUUUGUGCUGAUCUUCUUCUUUCAGUUGUACAUUAUAAAACACUGGGUUUUGGCCAAUGAACCUACCAUUUGGUCAGUGCAAUUCAUACUGUUUAUUGCUUAAUGUUAGAGUCAGACUGCAUGUUGGGGGAUAUUUAUACGGGUCUGAAUUCGACCCAUGAAUCUGUUUGUAUCCUACAUAUAUGAGUAACUCUGAUCAACUAAGAUUUUUACAACUCUGAUCAAUUAACAUUUUUA